AUGAGUGUUUCUCAACACUGGAUCUCGUGAGGCAGAUCUCCAAUAAGGAAGUUAUCAAGCAACUUCUGAUUAAUGCACCGACAGCUGUGUUUCAAUCCUUAUGGCUUAUCCUUUUGAUGAUUCUUCUUCACUCAAGGAUCUGAUAGUUAUCAAAUUCUACGUCCUAAUUUCGAAAACCUAAGAGCCUUUUUAAAAAUUCGCAAAGACCUUUUGAAAGCCACUCUUAUAAGAAAUCUCAGGGGAUUUUGUGGAAAAGGAAUCUUGUCACAGUAAAAAUGUUAGUUUCGAUGUAUAUUAUUUUGCAAGUCAUCAGUACAAAAUAUUUUUGAAGUGUUUGUUCAUCCUGCUCCUCUUCCAAGGCUGACCAAGUCCAUCCCUGCGCGGCUACUCUUUCCGGUGGAACCCAAUCUCAGCCGUAAAGCAAAAAUAAAAGUAGGCCAUUGAAAUUUAACCUCGGCAAGGAAACGGUGUUCAGAAGGGAAACGCUGAAGGAGACGUGGCGACCUUGGCAGGAUCGCGUCGUUUUGGUCGUUUCGCUCGACAGUCUCUCUUGGCAGCGCGCGUUUUUUUAGAGAGAGAGGCUCCUCCCCCGAUCCCUCCGACCGCCGUCAUUUCACUACCGCUAAGCACUGUGCCACCGACCCACUGAUGCUCGCGUUCGCCUGCAAUCCGGCCGACGUGGCAGCACCGUUGCCUCCGUCCGUUCUGCCGUUCGGAGUGGCUCCGUCGCCGCCACAGGUCUCGCCUAUUCCUUCGGCGCCGUCGGCGUUCCGGCCGAUCGUGCCGAGCUCCGUCGUGUCCGACGCCUUCUACAUGACCGCCAUCCACUCGCUGGUCCUCACCGCUUCCACUCCCACUGACGACUCCGCGUCCGAGUCCAACUCCACCAUCUCCGACCGCACAAUCGGUAUCAUUUUUUUUUUAACUUUUCUAUUCUCUAUUGGUUUUCUCUUCGUUCCUUCUGACUAUGUCUUCACUCUGUCUUCAUUGAAUCUUCAAAAAAAAAAAAAGCGAUUCUGCAAAAUUAAAAUCAAAACAUCUCCGAGAAUAUCCUUUUAUAGCUUCUUUCCAUUUGCUCUGGUGUUUAAAGGAUUGUAGAGUCGGAGCAAACUUUUUGGUCAGACUAUUUAUACUUAUUCCAAGCCUCCUAUUAAGUUUUUCAAAACACAUAGCACUUUUUGACUGUUUUAUAUUUUCUUCAUUGCUUUUGAUUUUCAAAACCACAGGUUCGAUCAAAUAAUGGAAUUUUAUUCUCAGUAAAUCGAAGAAUAUUCUAAAUUUUUUUCAACAAGUCAAUAACGACUUUUUCAAUAUAUGUACUAAAAGCCCUUUUGUUAUUUUUCCUACCGUUUGUUUUAAUUAGAUGAAAAGAUUAUGCUUUAUUUCUUUCAAGGACUUCUUUUUUUGAAAAAGUUCAGUCAAAGUAUGCAUGUAUUGACUUCGGAUCUACACCAAACUUCGAAAUAUUUUAAUUUUUAGUCCAAUUUUUUUUUACUGAUUCUUGUUUUCGACUCACGGGCAUAAACAGUGUGGCGCUUCGAAAUAGGGAAAACGGUUCCCGAGAUCUGCAUCUCUGUUUUUGUGCGCUAUUUCGUGAGUUGCGUCGCAAUUAUUUUGAACUUGACCUACUUAAAGGCCAUGGCGCACUGUUUUACUGAACCGACGUCAUCUGAAUCUUGCUUGUUUGUCAAAAAUGUUCGUCCUCUUUCUUUGUUGUGAACAGUCUUCCUUGGUCAUUAUACCAUUUUUCUCAAAAAAGAAUUACUUGCAAAGAGCAGGAUUGCUUAUAGGGCAACGUAGGAGAAGGCUUUCCAGGAAGCUCAAAGGCUAGAAUUUAGGAAUCGUAAAUGAAUUCGAUCGCUGAAGUUUUUUCUCUUUUCGCUUCUUGCCAACCAUUGAGAGCUUUUAAAAGAAGACUUCUUGAUCCGUACUUUUCUGACAGUUGACCAAAAAUUUCAUAUUACCACAUAAAUAUACUGUAAACAUCAAGUUGCUCAAUUCUUAAAGAAGGAAUGAGCAAUGGACUAUUUGCAGGAAAGGAAGAGUCGUGCGCGACGUCGUCUCUCAUGUGCCAAGUGUGCUCGGACCGAGCCAGCGGCUUCCACUAUGGCGUCUUCGCCUGUGAAGGCUGCAAGGUCGGUCCAAACUGCCGAGAUAUUCUCUCUAAACCUUCUGAGUCACACUUUGUUGCCCACAUACUCUCAGUUUUUGAGCGAUACCCUUCGCCGGUAGAAGAAGACGUUGGAUGUUUUCGUUUCUUUUUUUCGGUAUAUGUGGGUCAUGGACGGUCGACUGUCGCGAGUUCGGCGCUGAUCACUAACACAAAAAUACACUUUGGAGUUGUUUUCCCAAAAAGAAUUUUCGGAGUCGGAACAUCGAAGACCAAACGGCUUCGUUGCAGGGAUUCUUUCGCCGGUCCAUACAGCAGAAGAUCCAGUACCGCGCCUGCAGCCGCAGCGAAGACUGUCUCAUCGUCCGCAACAACCGAAACCGAUGCCAGCAUUGCCGUCUCAAGAAAUGUCUUUCCGUCGGCAUGUCCCGCGACGGUUAGUUUCCUUUUUCGAGCAGUCUUUCUCAAAGGCCGGCAAGAUCACUUUACAGAAGAAGAAAAAACGAAGAUAAAAAGUGAAAAAAAAAAUCCUCUUUGUUUCCUUCUUUCGAUGGGAAAACGCGCGAAUUCUGCCAUCCGUUUCUUUGUGAACGGCAUCUGUGUCUUCCUUCGUUUCGGACCGUCCUCGCGCAAAACACUCUAAUGUUUCCACUCGAGUGACACGCGCCUCGUUUCCUUGAAAUCAGCGAGGCGCCAAAAAUUUGAAAACUUUCGUUUGCGCGCCAAAACUUCCGAAAUAAAUGCCACGCUUACAAAAAAAAAAGAACGUUCAUUUUAAAAAAACUUUCACGGUAUCAUAGUUAACUCUAGCGUGACAUUUCAAAAAGAAACUAGUCUUCAUAACUUUAGAGCUUUAUAAACGUUUCAUGGUUCAACUGAAACUGAUGUCUUUUUUUUCUUUUUCUCAGUCUUGCCAUCAAAAGAAACAACGAUAUUGAAAGGUUUUUUGUUGCAGCCGUUCGAUUCGGCCGAGUGCCAAAGCGAGAAAAGGCAAAGAUGGUAGAGGAGAUGCAGAAGACGUGCGCCCAGUCGCAGCGCGACGCCAUCGCCUUCCAGUUUGAGAACGUCGCCGACGCUGCAAACCGAAUCACGGCAGCUUUCCAGCAUCUCUCGCAAACGGUCAGUCUCCGAUGACAGCUCUUCUUACACUCUUUUUGCAGCUGGAGCAAGGGGCGUGGUUCGGCGAGCCCGGAAAGUGUCCACUGAGUGGCGCCAGCGUCGUCGUCGCCUUGAAGGCCGUCGUCGACUUCGCCAACGCCAUUCCUGCUUUUCUCGUACUUCCGCAGCCAGACCGCGUCCGACUUCUUCAGGUAGUCUAUUCUUGAUUUUAUAAGCUUGAAGCUUCUUCAAAAUGAUUAUGCUCGUCGAACAUUUUUUGAAGUUAAGGGGGUCUCAGAGAGGUCAAGAUGGUUUAGAUAUAUAUUGUAUAACCCGUUCUUGAAAACCAAGAAAAUAAUCCUUAUAAAAAAGGAGUUGCUUUGCUUUUCUUUUUCCGGUCAUUGAAUUCUUGAGUCACCUUCCUGAAUUGUAAGAAAAUCAUUUUCGAAUUAUUUUUUUUUUUGUUACUUAAGAAGGCUAAAAAUUUUAUUCAAGUAACAAUAAAAACUGAUAUACCGAACCGUAUUUAAAGCUCACAGACCCGUUUUUGGGAACAUAUUCCUGCCUUUUUCUGCGAUAAUUUCGUCAAGUGAUCCUUGAAAAUUUCAAAAGUUUUGAUCACCGCCUAUCCUUGAAUACAUUGAAACUUUUUAAACUAACUCAAAAGUAAUAAAAUUGCUAAAAUCUCACGACAUUGUAAAUGGAAUUUUUGUAGAGCUCGGUGUUUGACGUGAUGCUGUUCGUGGCAGCCACUCGUGGAGACGUGCACUGUGCCGGACUGGCGACGGCUCCUCUCCUGGCUCACUCGUUGGUUCAACUGGCAAGACGACUGCGCUGUCUGCCUUCUGGAGCCUUCCCGGUUCUGGCGGCGAUCGCCGUCUGCCAGUCGGAUUGGGCCAACUCCUCGCCGCUGUGCACGCUUCUGGCGGAGAGACUCUGGUUCCUGCUCGCUCGUGUCGGCGGCACCAUCACGCUGUCAGCAGCGCCGACGCUGCUCAACGACGUACGAACUCUGCGACAAUGGCACACCGAAAGGCUCCGAGCCACCUCUAUCCCAUCGACACUUCUGAUGCCGGUCGUUCCAGCCGUCUCUCUUCCAGCCGUCUCGCCCGCCAUGUCGACGUCCUCGACGCGUUCUUCCUUCUUGGAACGUCAUCAGGCUCUGGCGUCGUUGCUCCGCAAGCCGCCACGUUAUCCGGCAAGCUCAUGCGACAGCCUCUCGCCGACGCGUUCCAAGCUGCCGCCUACUCCGCCCAUGGUCGAAUCGCAGGAGCCGUUGAACUUGUGCAUGAGGGAGAUGCGUCCUUAA